AUGGCUCUCUACUGCGGCGACAACUUCGGGGUGUACUCGCAGACCGGCCUGUCCUCGUCCAACGCCGCCGCCCCGAGCGCAUCCCCGGCCGGCCGGGCCCCGUACGGGCUAGCGGACUACGCGGCCUCGCCCGCCACCCCCAACCCUUACCUGUGGUUCAACGGCCCGGCUGCGGGGGGCUCGGCCGCCGCCUACCUGAGCGCCCCGCCGCCGCCGCCGCCCCCCGGGGCCGCCCCCUCGCCCUUCCUGCCCACCGCGGCGCCCACGGCCGCGGGCAACUUCGCGUGCGCCCAGCGCGCCUUUGCGCAGUCGGCGCCCGGCACGCCCGCCGGCCCGUCGGCGCCCGGAGACCUGAGCUGGCUGUCCCUGACCAGCCCCGAGGACCUGGUGAAGAUGGUGCGGCCGCCCUUCUCCUACUCCGCGCUCAUCGCCAUGGCCAUCCAGAACGCGCCCGAGCGCAAGCUCACGCUCAGCCACAUCUACCAGUUCGUGGCCGGCCGCUUCCCCUUCUACCAGCGCAGCAAGGCCGGCUGGCAGAACUCCAUCCGGCACAACCUGUCGCUCAACGACUGCUUCAAGAAGGUGCCCCGGGACGAGGACGACCCAGGGAAGGGUAAUUACUGGACCCUGGAUCCCAACUGUGAGAAGAUGUUUGACAAGGGGAACUUCCGAAGGAAGCGAAAGCGCCGCUCUGAGGCCAGCAGUAGCUCUGCAGUGGUGAAAUCUGAGGAUGGGCUCCCAUCAACACUGGGAGUGGGUGGGAAGUCCGAUGGAGAAAGUGCCUCUUCCUCACUGAUGAGGCCCUUUCAGUCCACAGAGCACCCAGAGGGCAGCAAGAGUACUGCCUCCUCGCCUGGAGCCCCCAUGCUCAGCUCUACCCCCUGUCUUAGUCCCUUCUUCAGCUCCCUGAGUGGCAGCAAUAGUGCCAAUGGCCAGCGUGUGCUCCCUGGCAGCCGCCACCUUGGGAUCCAGGGAACCCAGAUCCCCACCAGCAGCACGUUCCCCACAAGCUUCAUCUCAGAGGCCUCCUCAGACACCGUGCAGCUCAACAACAGCUCUGUCACCACCAGCAGCCAGAGAUCUUCUUAUUACAACCCCUUCCCGGGCAGCACCAGCAGCAACCCUUUCUACAACUUCAGCACGGUCUACCCCCGGGAGGGCUCUGAGGUAUAG